GAGUGAUAAAAGAAACUAUUGAAGAAAAACGACAUGUCGUACGGGUUACCAAAAAGUCAACAGUCAACACUCAAAAAUCCAAGUCUUCUUCUUCUUCCUCACAAAAUCAGAAACCCUAAGAUUUCCUCAUCUGCAAAAAUGAGGAGAACAAUGUCUCCAAUUCCCAAACUACCCCUCCUCCUCCUCCUUUGCAGCCUCCUCUCUCUCGCCGCCGCCGAUUCGGACCUCGUCUCGGAGCUCCAAUCGCUCCAAUCCCGAUCCCCCUCCGGCGUGAUCCGCCUCACGGACCACACCGUCGCCCGCUUCCUCACCUCCGCCGCCGCCGCCCGCCGCCCCUACUCCCUCCUCAUCUUUUUCGACGCCGCCAAGCUCCAUGAUAAGCCGGAGCUCCACCUCUCCGACCUCCGCCGCGAGUUCACCCUCGUCGCCGCCUCCUUCAUCUCCAACAACGCCGCCUCCUCCAAGCUGUUCUUCGCCGACAUCGAAUUCCAAGACUCCCAAGCCUCCUUCGCCCAGUUCGGCGUCAACUCCCUGCCCCACAUCCGCCUCGUCGGGCCGGCCCACAGCCCGAAAGACUCCGUCCAGAUGGAGCAGGGCGACUUCUCCCGACUCGCCGAGUCAAUGUCCGAGUUCAUCGAGUCCAAGACAAAGCUCACCGUCGGACCGAUCCACCGGCCGCCGAUGUUCUCCCGCAACCAGAUCAUCCUCGCGGUCAUGGCCUUCCUGAUCUGGACUCCGUUCAUCGUGAAGAAGAUCCUCACCGGAAAAACACUUGUUCAUGAUCCCAGGGUUUGGCUCAGCGGCGCCGUUUUCGUCUACUUCUUCAGUGUUAGUGGUGCAAUGCACAACAUUAUCAGGAAGAUGCCGAUGUUCUUGGCCGACCGGAACGAUCCGAACAAGCUGAUCUUCUUUUACCAGGGCUCAGGAAUGCAGCUAGGAACAGAGGGGUUCGCCAUUGGAUUCUUGUACACCAUUGUCGGGCUGCUGCUGGCAUUUUCGACUAGGGUGCUUGUGAGAGUGAGGAAUUUGAAUGUGCAGCGUGUUGUUAUGCUCGCGGCGCUGGUGGUGUCGUUUUGGGCUGUGAAGAAGGUGGUGUAUUUGGAUAACUGGAAGACAGGGUAUGGGAUACAUGCUUUCUGGCCUACGAGCUGGAAAUGAGCUCGGUGAGGACUCACUGAAUGUGGUUCUAUACGAAAAGGUGACUUGCGUUUAUGGUUUUAGACUUUGAGAAUGAAUUCGGAACAUUUUGAUAUGUUAUAAUGCUGUCUUUGGCGGCCUGCAGGGUUUACAUUAUGUUUAAAUACUUAAGAACUAUGUGUUACUACUUACUUAGAAACUAUGUGUUACUAGACUUUAUGAUUUUGGUAACAUGCUUUGCGGUUUAUGAUG